AUGUAUGUGGAGAGCUUGGGGAUGAUAAGAGCGAAAAUGCUCUGGCCGUGUCUGGACCCCUCUGGAGCUGCAUGGUUCUCUGGCCAGGUCCAAGAGGGGGGUUUUGAACCAUGCAGCUCCGGAGGUGCACGUCUCCGGCCGUGUCCUCAACAGCAGCUAACCGAAAGCAAGACCCAUCGAGAGCCACCCAAAAUCCAGUCAAAAAUGACUCCCAGGGGUCCAAGAUGUGAUUCCAACAGAAAGAAGGCCCAAAUUCAGAGAUCAUGCCAUGGUUUUAUACUCAAUUACUACGCUCAAAGUGAAAUCGAAUCAGAGCUUCACGAUGGAAGUCCAGGAGAAAUGGAAGGAAGACUGAGGAGGGGGAAAGGGGAGGGGAGGGGAGAAAUGAGAAGAGGGAAAUUAGAUAUACAUUUUCGACAAUCGAAGCUUCAUGUCCAUACCUCUCAAGUGUGUGGACAUGGUCUUCUACGAUUUAAGAUAUUGGUAAAUCUACGUAUGGAUGUCAUGGGAAUUUUCAUACGUCGGCCUCCGAUCUCAACGGAACGGGUUGUCCGACUUUCGGAGCAACGGCGUUUGUUCCGUCCGGCCGUGAGGGAACAUAAGAUGGGAGGGGAUUAUGUGUUCCGCGUAGAUUUGACUUUUUGGGGUAAAUAA